AUGAUAGUGUUCAUCUUCCUGGUUGCGAGGCUAAGCUCAGAAACUGAAUCCUCUUCCCAGACAAACGACUGUGCACAUUUAAGGCAGCAAUGCUUGAUUGAUACGAACGGCUGUGAGCAGUCAUGGAGAUCAAUGGAAGACACCUGCAUUGUUCCAGGUGACUCCUGCAAGAUAAAUAAUUCACCACAUUGUAACCUGAGUAUCCAGUCUUUGGUGGAAAAAGAUUUCCGAUUUAAAGAGUGUCUUUGUAUCGAUGACCUCCACUGUACAGUGAACAAACUUUUUGGGAAAAAAUGCAUCAAUAAGACAGAUAACACGAAAAAGGAUAAUAUAUACAAAUGGGAUCUAACUACUCCUUUGUACCAUGGAUUCAAAGAGAUGCAGUCUUGUUUGGAAGUGACAGAGGCAUGCGUAGGGGACGUGGUUUGCAAUGCACAAUUGGCCCUUUACCUUAAAGCAUGCUCAGCGACUGGAAAUCUGUGUGAUGUGAAACACUGCCAAGCAGCCAUACGGUUCUUCUAUCAAAAUAUGCCUUUUAACACUGCCCAGAUGUUGGCUUUCUGUGACUGUGCUCAAUCUGAUAUACCCUGUCAGCAGUCCAAAGAAACCCUUCACAGCAAGCCAUGUGCUCUGAACAUCGUCCCACCCCCCACUUGCCUCAGUGUAAUUCACACUUGCCGAAAUGAUGAAUUAUGCAGGACACACUAUCGAACAUUCCAGUCAGAAUGCUGGCCCCGUGUGAUAGGGAAGUGUCAUGAAGAUGAGACCUGCAUGAGCACAUUAGGCAAGCAAGAUCUUACUUGUUCUGGGAGUGACAGCUGCAAGGCCGCCUACCUGGGAACCUUUGGGACAAUCCUUCAAGUUCCCUGUGCUUGCAGGAGCAUUACCCAGAAUGAAGAACCUUUAUGCAUGACUUUCCAGCACAUGCUUCAUAGCAGAUCAUGCUUCAAUUAUCCAACUCCUAAUGUCAAAGACAUUUCCUCAUAUAAAAGAAAGCAUUCAAAGGAAAUUACUCUGAGUGGGUUCAAGGCUCCCUUCAACGGAGAACUAGUCUAUGUUGUGCUGUGCAUGAUCACUACCUGUGGAAUUCUUUUCUUGGUGAUGCUCAAGUUGAGGAUAGCAAGUAAAAAAAGAGAGCCCUCACCUAUUGAAAUAGCUGGAGGUGUCAUCACUCAGUGA